AUGAAGUGUUCCGGACCUGCUGUACUCUUACUCUCCUCGUGUGCCCUGGCAUUGCAUCCUGGGGUUGAAAGGAGAAGUUUGGAUGAAGCUUCGAUGUCAGCGUUAUACUACAUAGUCAGCAUCAAAGGCGCAUUGGCUACCGGUGGCAAUGACUACACCGGAUCCGAGACUGCUCCGCUAAUUCCAAUUGAGACUGGAGAUACGACAGGAACUGCUGCCACAGGAACUGCUACCCCAGCAAACGCUCCCAAAUCCACAAAGUCACAGGGUGUGGCUGCUGCGACUUCCUCCCCGUUCGCAGCUGGCCUCGGUGGUGCAAUGGGUAUUCUUGGUUUAGCUAUUGCUCUUCAGAGCUACGCUUCUAAUUGA